CCUGUGCCUGCAGCUGCUGGCUGCUCCAGCUCCUUGGAGCUGAUGCCCAUGUCCCGUUCCAUGUUGCCCAUCGCCUUGGGCUCGCCAUCGACACAGUCGCACAAGGGCAACUUUAUGGGGCAUGCUGGCGACAGUACCACACGCUUGCAGUUCGAUGAUUAUUUGUUCGAAUCGUGUCAUUAUCUGGAGACAAACUAUUUUGCCGCUACCUAUCGCACUGCCAUGGUCGAGAGCAGCUCGCACGAGUUCCGGCCCUCGACCACAACGCCGACGAGCACACGGUCGGACAGCUUUGAGCUGCAUGAACUGGAGCCGCCGAGCGUAAUAUGCAAGGCGGCACCCAUGCUGGACUAUCAUGCCGCAUCGCCGCCCCCCUAUCAGGCGGAGGUGCGCAUGACCAGCAGCGGCGUCCAGACGGAGCUGACAGUCGAGUCGCAGCUGAGUCAAAGCGGCAGCUCUAGCUCAGGCAGUUCGCCGCAUGUGCCGCCCUUUUUCAUAUGCUGCUACACGCCCAUCGAUCGUUGGCGGGCAAGGCGAAUGGGCGCGGCUGCUGCCGCCAAGCGUGCUAAUCCAGAGAAGAACGGCCAUGCUGUCUGACAGUAAAUGAAUUUAUUACAAAUAACUUUAAAGCAAAACUAACUAAGCGUCAGCUGCGCUGUUUCAUUUGCGAUAUCAACAAACGAUUCCAUUUCGAAGACAGUCAAUACACAAAACUUCGCCUAAUAUUCAUUUUGAAAGAGUUUAAAACAGAAACAUGUACAUUUUUUAUACACACCCACACACAACACACAAUUCGCACAUUUUUGCAAUACACAACAACACAAAAUAUAAAACAUUUUGAUAGACUUAAAACUAAAGAUAAAUUUAUUGAAAAGA